AAAAGAAAAAUCUGAUUGAUACACUCAAGAUAGUAAACCCCCAGGAACACAUAACAACUUGGGCAGGCAGAGGUAGUGAAACGAAAAUUGAUUAUAUCUGGGUAUCUCAAGGCUGGAGCAGAAGUAUAAUCACAAGCAAAGCAUAUGAAGCUGA